UUUCCCAUAAUGAGCUGCAUCAUCUGAACUGAUGUCACAGCAUCAUGCAGCAGGUCAAACAAGGCACCUCCUAGUAUUGCAUCCUACAGAUUGUGCUGUAAACAUCAAAGGACGAUGGUGUGAGCAGGAGAUGGCUCUAGGAUGGGACCAUCUCGGGGUUGCAGGAGUAAGAGACUGGAAUUGCCAUUGCUACUUCCUGACCAUCAGCAUCUGCUAUCCAACUUGGGAAGAAUUAUGGUCUACAUCUUCCAAUGUUAGCCAUGGAAGUAGCACUUUCCCCCAUUGGCCCCCAGGAGCUGGAUUCUGUACCUACUGAUGCAUCCCCCAUGGUCAUCAACAUGACACCUACCACUGAACAAGAUGGUGGUGAAGAUACAAUGAAAGAUCUUGAUUCUAGUCAGCAAUAUGAAAAGCCUCCCCCUCUCCAUACGGGAGCUGACUGGAAGAUCGUCCUCCACUUGCCUGAGAUUGAAACAUGGCUACGGUUGACAUCAGAAAGAGUCAGAGAUCUAACAUACUCAGUUCAGCAGGACUCGGACAGCAAGCAUGUGGAUGUGCAUUUGGUGCAGCUGAAAGAUAUAUGUGAAGAUAUCUCUGAUCAUGUUGAACAAAUCCAUGCUCUUCUGGAAACUGAAUUUUCCCUAAAGCUUCUGUCUUACUCAGUCAAUGUGAUUGUUGACAUCCAUACAGUUCAACUUCUUUGGCACCAGCUUCGAGUUUCUGUCUUGGUUCUGAAAGAAAGAAUUCUGCAGGGUCUACAGGAUGCCAAUGGGAAUUAUACUCGGCAGACAGAUAUUCUACAAGCCUUUUCAGAGGAAGCAAAGGAGGAUCGUCUUGAUUCCUUAACGGAAGUGGAUGAUUCAGGACAGCUAACAAUCAAAUGUUCUCAGAAUUACUUGUCACUGGAUUGUGGGAUUACCGCAUUUGAACUGUCAGACUAUAGCCCUAGUGAGGACUUGCUUGGUGCCCUCAGCGACAUGACAUCAAGUCAAGCUAAAGUGAAACCGUUUGAGUCCUGGAGCUGCAGUGAAAUGGAAAAAGACUUUCCUGAGCUUAUCAGAAGCGUGGGCUUGCUGGCAGUAGCAACAGAUUCAGUCACUUCCAAAUGCAAUGAAAGUAUUAAUGUAAAAGAAAUCCAUUUACCACUGUCAGCAAACCUCCAAGAUGAAGUCCAGAACCACAAAACAUCAUCAUUUGAUUCUACCCAAGGGACACGGCUUUGUGUUUCUGAGAACUUGCCUCCUUGUGAAGUGUCUUGCACUGAAGAUUCCGUUAUAUCAGCUGAUGGCAAGACUUCCUCAGAGGUAGUUAAACAAGAGCCUAGUUCCCUGCCCUUCAACAGCACAAAAGGAAAGCAGCACCCUCACAGUGAAAACUCAACUCCCAAGAGAACAAUAAGAGACUGCUUUAACUACAACGAGGAUUCUCCCACACAACCCACUUUGCCCAAGAGGGGUUUGUUUCUCAAAGAUGAUAUAUUUAAAACGGACAUGGUGGUCAAUGAUAUAAAAAAUCAGAUCUCACUAAUGUUUAAAACAGAUAUGAGUAGGAGCAUACCUUCACUCUUAGAUCCACCAGACAGAUCGAAACUUAGUUUGGCUUUACAAACAGCAUACAACAACUGUCCUUCUACUAUCAGUCAGUCUUGCGAUUGUUUACACAGCCUAGAUGAUCAGAAUCUCAAGUACACAAUACAAAAUCACUUUAAGGAAAGUUCCAUGGGGCAAGGUAAAUCCAGUGACAACAUUAGAAGGGAAAAACUCAGGUGCAAGAAGUCACAUGACAUUCCUGAAGAAGUGGCAUCAUGCAGAAUAUCUGGAAUCGCAUCAGGUGUUGUGUCAACAAAUCAGACGAAUAAAAAAAGAUUCCCUGGUUUGCAAAAUGGAAUUCCUUUUUGUAGCUCGCAGUCCAUCGAAGGGACAGAAAGCGAUUCAACCUCCACAUCUUCUGAUCCUUGCAAAGUGCCAAAACUGAAUGGCCACUGUGGCAUUGAAAGAGAUCAUUCUGCUUCACCCAUUCAUAGCCAAGAAAGUGGCUUUUCAGCUGAUUCAGAAUCUGCUCUGUCAUCAUCCCCAGUUCUUCCAAGAAACAAAGAAGGAAAGACCCAUUCACCUUCACCACAAUCAGUCAAUACAGAUAGUAAAGUUGUUGAGCCUUGGUAUGGGUCUGAUGAAUACUUAGCACUUCCAUCUCAUCUCAAACAAACUGAAGUAUUAGCUCUGAAACUUGAAAAUCUGACAAAGCUAAUUCCUCAGAAACCUCAAGAAGAGACCAUUCAAAAUAUUGAUGACUGGGAACUUUCAGAAAUGAACUCGGAUUCUGAGAUUUACCCAACAUAUCAGAUGAAAAAGAAGCACCGAAGGUUAGGUCGAGUUUCACCAAGCUCUUCUAGUGAUAUCAUAUCCUCAACCGGUGACAGCAUUGAAUCUGGACCUCUUAGUGACAUUCUUUCAGAUGAAGAGCUCUGUACAUCAUCGCCUAGUAUGAAAAAGUACUUAGAAGACAGACUGAUUAAACCAUCAGCAAUUCAUUCCUGUGAAAAAAAUGAAAUAUCUACCACAAAUAAAUCAAUGUUAAUUCAGCAGCUGAUGCAAGAUAUACAAGAUCAGGAUAAUUAUGAAAUUAUAUGGGAAAAGAUGGAGGGUUUUGUAAGCAAGUUGGAUGAAUUCAUUCGCUGGUUAAAUGAAGCCAUGGAAACAACUGAGAACUGGACUCCUCCAAAGGCAGAAACAGACAGCCUUAAACUCUACUUGGAAACCCAUUUGAGCUUUAAGCUGAAUGUAGAUAGCCACUGUGCUUUGAAGGAAGCUGUUGUUGAAGAAGGACGGCAACUUCUUGAUCUUAUAGUAUCUCACAAAUCAGGACUGAAGGACAUGCUGCAGAUGAUUGCAGGCCAAUGGAAAGAACUACAGAGGCAAAUCAAACGACAACACAGCUGGAUUCUUAGGGCUCUGGGUAUCAUCAAAGCCGAGAUACUGGCUACUGAUGUGUCUGUAGAGCAAGAGGAAGGAACUGAGAGCCCCAAGGCUGACGUUCAGCUAUGCUAUCUGGAAGCACAAAGAGAUGCUGUUGAACAGAUGUCCUUAAAGCUGUACAGCGAACAGUACAACAGCAGUAGCAAGCGAGAGGAAGAAUUUGCGGAUAUGUCAAAAGUUCACACAGUGGGAAGUAAUGGCCUCUUGGAUUUUGAUUCAGAAUACCAGGAGCUGUGGGAUUGGCUGAUUGACAUGGAAUCCAUAGUGAUAGACAGCCAUGACCUGAUGAUGUCAGAAGAGCAGCAGCUGCAUCUUUACAAGAGGUACAGUGUAGAAAUGUCAAUCAGACACCCCAAAAAGAUGGAAUUACUGAGUAAAGUUGAAGCACUGAAGAGAAGUGGUGUUUUACUACCCAAAGAGCUACUUGAAAAAGUGGAUUCAAUUAAUGAAAAAUGGGAACUGCUUGGGAAAACCCUGGGAGAGAAGAUCCAAGACACAAUGGUGGGGCACAGUGGGUUAGGUCCACGUGACCUGCUUUCGCCUGAAAGCGGCAGCCUAGUAAGGCAGCUGGAGGUCAGGAUCAAAGAGCUGAAAGGAUGGCUGAGAGAUACCGAGCUUUUUAUCUUCAAUUCCUGUUUGAGGCAAGAAAGUGAAGGAACAAUGAAUGCUGAGAAACAACUGCAAUACUUUAAGUCCCUCUGUUGUGAAAUCAAGCAGAGACGUCGUGGUGUGGGUUCAGUGUUGCGUUUGUGCCAGCACCUCCUCGACAAUCAAGAUACUUGCAAUCUGAAUGCGGAUCACCAGCCAAUGCAGCUGAUCAUUGUAAAUCUGGAAAGAAGAUGGGAAGCAAUUGUCAUGCAAGCUGUUCAGUGGCAGACUAGACUGCAGAAAAAGUUAGCAAGACAUCCAGAAUCCCUGAAUGUUAUCGAUCCUGGCUUAAUGGAACUAAAUGGCGCAAGUGAAGAUGCCCUAGAAUGGGAUGAAAUGGAUAUAAGCAAUAAGUUAAUUAGCAUUAAUGAGGAAUUCAAUGAAUUUGAUCAAGAACCAAAGCAGGAUGACACAAGACUGAAUUCUGUAUCUGAAUUACAUGAUAAUGCCAGUCCAAAGCAAGAAGAAAAUUCUACUGUUCUUGAAAAUGGUCUUAAUAGCCCAAGAGUCACAGCAUCUCCAGGCCCCCAGGUCUAUCAAGUGUAUAGCCUCCACGAUGUUGAAUUAUCAGGAAGAAAUCACUUACCUCUUACGGAAAAGACAUGUGAAUCCCUCAGUCUUAGAUGCUCAAGCAAACAAACAAAUAAAGAAUUUUCAUUGUCACCUACCAAACAUUUGCCAGGCCUGCUGGGAAGCACUACUUUGGCAACACCACAGAAUUACAUGUAUCACCGUGGAAACGUGAGCAGGCAUUCUGAAAGUCAGAAUCAAACAGUCGAUGAAAGUCAGGCAGAAGCCACCAACAGUUCUGAAACUUACUUUACAAGUGAUGCAGAUGAGCUGCAGAAUAAUACUGUAAUUAACAUUUCAGGUUCCCAGCUAGGGAAUAUAAAAGCUGAGGUGAUAAACCAGGAUACUGAAAAGGAGAACAAAGAGAACCACCACAAGUCCUCAAGCAGUUCUAAGUUAAAGUCCACUGACAAAGCAAAAGAUUUGGAGAGCAUUACCCCACAUAGCCCUGAGCAUUCAAAAGAAGGGCCACAAGAAGAAAAACACACUGUCUUUACAUUUCAAGAUUAUUCAUAUCUCCAGGAUUCAAAAUUCAAGCUACCAAUGAUCAUGAAACAAUCAAGUCCAGAAAAGGCACACAAACAGGGUAGUUUGUUUCAUGGCUUUUAUUUUGAUAAAAUGCCCUUAAAAUCUGAUGGUCAGCCUGCAGAACUAAAGGCAGGUGCCUCUAGCAAUGAGCUUGCUUUGCCACCGGAGUUUGAUGAGGCAGAUUCCAAACGCUGUGAGUUUUUGGAGGAUUUGAAGAAACUAAGUGAGACAACAAAUGUAAAAUUGUUUUCAACUUUAUCUCAUAGCUCUUCUUUAGAUUCCAUCUCUGUGACAAAUGACUUGUUUGGCUCAGCUGUCUUUAGAAGUGGAGAUGGUCUUCAUCGCAGCGCUUCCUUGGAAAGCUGGCUAACUCCCUACAAAAGUAAUGAAGAUCUUUUUAGUUGCAAUGGCUCUGGAGAUCUAAGUGGAAGCAGUGAUUCUGUUGGAGAACUCAGUAAAAGGACGUUAGAUCUUUUGAAUCGAUUAGAAAAUAUCCAAAGUCCUUUAGAUCAAAAAAUAAAGCGCAGCAUAUCUGAUAUUACACUCCAAAGCACUUCUCAAAGGAUGUCUUUCACUGGCCAGUUGUCACUAGAUAUUGCAUCCUCUAUCAAUGAAGAUUCACCUGCUUCUCUCACUGAGCUAAGCAGCAGUGAUGACCUGUCUCUGUGCUCUGAAGAUAUUGUAUUGCACAGAAAUAAAGUACCAGAUUCAAAUGCAUCAUUCAGAAAACACCUCAAUCGGUCGAUAGUUGAUGAGAGCGAUGUCAACGUGAGCAUGAUUGUUAAUGUUUCCUGUACCUCUGCUUGCACUGAUGAUGAAGAUGAUAGUGAUUUGCUAUCAAGUUCUACGCUCACCUUGACUGAGGAAGAGCUGGGCUUUAAAGAUGAAGACGAUGAUUCCAGUAUUGCUACUGAUGAGGAUAUUUAUGAAGAUACCAAUUUAAUUUCAGGACUUGACUACAUAAAAAAUGAACUCCAUACUUGGAUCAAACCAAAAUUGUAUCUAACAAAGGAGAGGAGAAAGUGCAACCAAGAUGAUGAAAUCCAAGGCUCUAAGAAUUUAAGAAGUGAUGAGACUUCUAAAGCAAAAGAUUCACUGAGCAUUGAAAAGUUUUUGAAUGAUUCUAUACGGAAGCUUUCAGAAAACAAUGGCAAUCGUAAAAACCUGUCAGAUAGUAAUGGGCCAGGGAUGGAAAAACAAACUAAAAAUGAUAGUUUUAAGGUUUCCAAAGAUCACUUGGUGGAUGACAUGGAGAAUGGAAAUGUGGCAAUUACUCAUGAGAGUCCCAAAGAAGAACAUGGUCAGAUCACACCCAUUGGGCUGAACAUUAGCACACUUCUUGGUAAAGGAAAUGAAAAAGAAUGUUGUGUCUGUGAAGCAUCUACUGAUAGUUCAGAUGAUUCACACCUGGAUGCUAAAGAGUAUCAAUUGUCAAAUAUUUCAAGCUGUCAGAAAGAUUAUCAAAAUGAUCUUCCGUCUGAUGGCCAUUCUCUUAAAAAAGCAUUUGCAGAAUGUGAUUCCAAUAUCAAAAGUAAGGGUAUGCCAGCUCCAGAUACACCAUUAUUAGAACCAGUGCCAAACCAUCAACAAAGCAGUACAGGGAUUACUGGAGAUGGCUGUGAUUGCUCUACAUCUUUGAAGUCAAAUGAAGCAGACAAAAAUGCACCCAUUAGCAACAGCAAUUCAUGCUGUAACUGUGAAUCUGCUGCUAUUGAAAAAAGAAAUGGGGAAGAUUGCUCGGUGCAUAACUUUGUGAUGGAGAUAAUUGAUAUGGCCUCAACUGCGUUGAAGAAUAAGACACAGCCUGAAAGUGAGCCGGCCAUUCCACAUUCAUUAGCCCAGAUUAGGGAAAAGGUUCUAGAACAUUCUCACAGGCCAAUCCAACUUAGAAAAGGUGAUUUUUAUUCUUACCUCUCACUCUCUUCUCAUGAUAGUGACUGUGGUGAAGUUACUAAAUAUGUUGAAGAAAAGAGCAGUACUCCAGUACCUUUGGAUUUUGCAGAAAACAUUGAGUGUUUUUUUGAAGCCUGUCCUGAAGAGGAAAGAGUUGAACAGCAAGUGUAUGUUGCUAAAGAAGAACCUGAAGUAAGUGAGGUAAAGUGUGAAGCUCUGGAUUUAAUAGAUGACCCUAAAUCAUCUGCUGAAUUUAGUGGCUUUUCUUUCUUAAGUGAAGAGAUGGACAUAAACAUUUCCAGCUCACUUACCCAGGGUAAUUCCAACAAGUCUGCUAGCAAGUCUUUGAAUCUGGACAUCAAAAAUGAAUGUCCACUCCUUGAUUCUCUCCAGGUUAAGUCUCAAGAAAAUCAACCAGGAGAACCACUUGGGAUUGCAACAUCUGAAGGAGAUUUUGCUUGCUCUCUAAAGGCCUCAAGUGAAGCCAUUCAGUCAAAGUCUGAUAACUUAACAGACAAGGAUGUUUUGCAUCAGGACACUGAAACUCUUACAUGUGAAGGAAAUGACCUGCAUUUUCACAAAGAAAGCCACAUAAAUACACAGAGAUAGAAUGUAACCUUCCCUGGACACACACACGUUACUUCAUAAACAGAAACCUGGCUGCAUUUCAGGUGCAGACUUCUCCUCUAAACCCUGAGAUGACCUCUAAUUCCAUUGUAUCACUGCCUUUUGUUACACUUGACUCCCAAGAUAAAUUUUCUUUCCAAAUGUGAUUUGCCCAUGCUGGCUUUUGUGACCAGGAUGCAUAUGCUGGUCGUCUUUCAAUUAUCAUUUUGCUUUGUAGCAAGACCAUUUCUUUUCAUAUGGAUUUCUCUCCCAAGCUACCUCUAAACAACCUAUCCUUCCAGCUCUCUAGGCCUCUGUACAACCUCUCACUCGCUAAGUUUUUUUAAAAUGACUUUUUGCAAUUCCACAGAAUAAUUGGGUCACUAUUUCAGAAGUGUAAAUGUCAUUAAUUCUCCUAUUUUAUGUAUCAAAUUUGGUAUUUUCUGUGUAUAAUGCAUAUUGUUGAAAAUAUUUUAUGUUUAGAAUGGAAGCUUUAUUUGAGUGCAGCAACAGGAAAUCAACUGCUUCUUAUGCAACAUAACUGAACUUACACAAAAUAAACAAAAAUUUAUCCUUUUUGUUUUCAAAAGAAAUUUAAUCUAUGCAACACUUCAAGAAACAGCUACAUAUAGUGUUGUAUAUUAAGAACUGUUAACAUUCUACUGAAUAAAGUACAACAUUUUGGUUUUCUACUAUGCUUCUUGAGGUGGUAAUCAGAAAAAAAAGAACCCACAUUUUUAAAAAUUGUGCCUUGCUGUAUUUCUUAUACCAUUUAUUAAAAAUCUGGUUUCACAGUAAAAUUAUGUUGGCUUAAAGGAAGAAAAUAGCAAGGUGUGAAUAAUUUCUGUAUAUAUGUAUAACCAAGUGCAAACAUUGAUGUAUAAUGACAAUAUAAAUGCUUUAAUGUUUGUGAUGCCCAGUGGUGUGGAAAACAUAAGCCUUAAACCACUAGAUUGCAUGAUAAUUAGAACUGGCAUAAUAAACAUAGUUUAUUGGGGAAAAUAUAAAAAUGGCUCUCAUUUACCUACAUUCUGUUUAAAAGUCAGUAGUGUAUGCAUUGGAUAAGAAGAAUAUGGGCCACUAGGCCCUACGCCUGUAGAGAGAGGUACAUAAAGAAUUAUGUCUAUGUACAAUGCAGGUACUGGAGAUUUAUCCAAAUAUAUUUUAAAUUUACAUUGUAUCACUGAAAUACAUACCAUA